ACGAGGUAUGAAUUCGAGAUUAACGCCGGAGGUUCAUGGAGAAUUUCGAAAACGAAUAUUACUUGCAGCCAAAGCAAUCUCGAUAACCGUAUGAAAAAACCUGUUUACUUGGACGGAUCUCUUCACUGGCUACGAACCGAUGGAAGCAUCGUUGCUUUCAACCCCGAAACAGAGCAUGCAAGACUAAUCUUGACCAAGUUCCCCCAGGAACUUAGUUUGAAAACAUUGUUUGCUGCCGACGAUAACAACCUAACCUUGAUAUCGGAGACGGAAGGAGUAGUUAACGUUUACGCCCUCGAGAAUACUCUCAUUGAUCCCAAGUGGGUCCUCGUUAGGCAGUUUAGGUACGGAGUGCUGGACGAACAGAGGCUGAUUCGUUGGAAGGUGGCAGCUUACGACGGGAAGUGUUUAGUGUUGGAGUUUUGUAAAGUCUACAAUGACAACCGAGUGGUUCAUGGGUACGACUUGAGAACUAACAAGUGGCUAUUCAUGGGUUCGAUUCCAGGGAGUUGCGAUGCAACUCUAGACUAUUUUUUGUUUACACCGCCUUCGUCUACUAUAACAGUAGAGUAG